AUGAAUAAUACAGAUAUAUCUAAAUCUUAUUCAUGGCCAAAUAUUGUUCAUGAAUGUUUUAUUCAACAAGCUCAAUUAUAUUCACAAAAAUUAGCACUUGAACUUGAUGAACAAUCACUUACUUAUAGUGAAUUAUUAUAUUCUGUAUAUUGUUUAACAAAUUACUUAAUUGAUAAAAUUCAACCAAAUAAAAUUAUAUGUCAAUGUGUUGAACGAUCUUUUAAAAUGAUUACUGAUAUGUUAGCGAUCUUAUCAAAUGAUGUAGUCUAUUGUCCAUUAUCACCUUUGGAUCCACCAGAACGACUUAAAAGUCUUAUUCAAGAUACAUCUACAAAGACUCUUCUUAUUCAUAGUUUUACUUGGCAAACAAUUCUAAUGACUCAUACAUCAUGUAAUCUUAUUAAAACAGAUUCAUUUAUUCUAUUCAAUUAUAUUAGUAAUAAUAAUGAGCAUCAUAUUACCAAGUCAAUAUCUGUUACAUCUGAUAAUAUUGCUUAUAUUAUUUUUACAAGUGGAAUAACAGGAAUAUGUAAAGCAGUUAUUAUUUCACAUUCUCAUAUACUUUUAUAUCUUCAACCGUCUGUUGGAGUUGAUGCAUUGCGUACAACUGAUAGACCUAUACAAUUAUCAUUAUGUACUUGGGAUGUUCAUAUUCAUGAAAUAUUUGAUACUCUUAUACUUUUACGUUGA